CAGAGAGUCAGCAUUAAACGAAAAGGCCCCUAUAUAAAAAAAAUAUUAAAAAUAAAUUCGUGAAGCGUAUCAAUAACGUAAAAAAAGUAUUGGUGUAUGUUCAUUUAAAUGCGAUUACGCAUGUGUAGUACAUCGGGGCAUUGCAAGAGCAUUUUGUUUGAUUAUCAGUUGUUGUAGAGGUUUUUUUUUUUUGAUGAAAUUGUUAUCAAAAAUGUCAUUUAUGACAUAAUUAAUUACUGGAUUUUUGUAAUCAUUUAAUCGGUUUUCAGUGAUGAAAAAUGAAAUCAGACUUUUGUUGUGAUUAGUUUCCAUUUGAAAAUUAGAUUUCGAUUGAAGAUUGUUAAUUCGAAAAUUAAUUUCUAGUAGCGUUACCCGGGUGGAAGAAGGUGAAAUAUAAGUGACUAUUACAUGAUUAUAACUUGAAUGAUAGAUUUGCGCGAUUGAUUUUCAUGGAAUGGUAAUACUGAUUAAACUUGUUAUACCGUAAAAUAACAAUCAGAUAUAAUAAUCUGAGUAGAUUCUUGCGUGUAAUAAUGUUCAGUGAUUGAUUGAUAUUUGGCAUGAUGUUAUAUGGAUUAAAGUUCAAUAAAACGACUACGUUAUCAAAGUAACAAAAAGAAUUUUGUUAGUUUUAAUUCAAUUAUUCGGAUUUGUGAUCAAUUUGAAAUCGGUGUUUCAGACUAAUAAAUAAUGCGACCGAUUUAGUUCAUUCGAUAAAAGUGAUAUAGUAAAUUGAAGGAAUUCGACAAAUCACGGACUCUUUUUAUCGGAAAAGAUUGUUUGGUUGAUUUUUUUUUUCUUUAUUUCUAAUGUAUACGGAUACUAUAGGCGAUCAAAUUGUGCCGUCAUCAAACUUUUGGGUAAUGCAGUCACCAGAAUUGGAGUAUCGAAAUGAGCUGAUGGGGCGACUUCACAAACUAGACACGGAAGUAGAACUAGAAAUCAUACAACAUCAACCCUCACAUUCACCGUCAAUAUUAGGGUGUGGUUAUACCAAUAAUCAUGUCUACGAUGGCUAUGGCAAAGAAUAUUAUUUCGGUUCCAAACAUAAAGAACUUCUAUGCUCAGACGUCGAUGACACAUUUAUGCGGCCGCCACUUUGGGAAGAUAUCACGAGCUCAAUACAAAACAUUGACCCGGAGAAUGCAAUUAUGUUGGGCACAAUAGCAACGCAAGUGAAACUAGAGGCUUCCGAUGAGAAUCUACUCGAACCGCUAUCAUCGCCACUACUCAGUCCACUCGAAAUAAAAACGGAAAAAUGUCAUCUAUCAUCGUCACAUGCGACGCUACAUCACAAUUCGAAUGCAUUACACCAAAACAAUAACAAUAGCAGUAGUAGUAAUAAUAACAAUAAUUCAUACCACAUGUCGGGAGGCAAUUAUCAACAUCAGCAUCAAAAUAGUUUGAAUGGCUAUUUGGGUGGAACGAAUGGCAGUGGAUGUAUGACAAUUCAUCACGGUCAACAUCAAAUGCAGAAUAAUGGAGGCAAUUCUAGUUACUAUAAUAAUAGCUGGCAGAAUCAUUCGCAGAGUUACCAUUCAAAAUUCCAGUCACAAAAUUCCAAUUUAUGUCCACAAAUGGCGUCUAGAUUAAUGUAUGUACCACCGUUAACCCCACCUAGUUCCGAUCCAGGAAGUCCGAGUAAUUCUCUACAGGGACCACCGAGACGAACACCGCCGCCACCAUACCAUCAUCAACAACAACAACAGCAGCAGCAACAACAACAACAACCUCCUCCACACAGUUCAUUAACUUGCUCUACAAUAUCGAUUCAUUCGAAUAGUAAUAAUAGUCAUCAUCAAAACCAAAAUAUCUCCAUUACAACAUUAAGUAAUAACAAUAACAAUUUAAAUAAUAGCAACAAUAACAGUAAUAGUAGUUCGGUGGUAUUAUCCAAUACGUCGACGGUUAAAAAUAUGUUGGCUCGAUAUAAUCGAAGAAAUAAUCCAGAAUUGGAGAAACGAAGGAUACACCAUUGUGAUUUCUUAGGUUGUAGUAAGGUGUACACAAAAAGUUCGCAUCUAAAAGCCCAUCAGCGGAUACACACAGGCGAGAAACCAUAUACAUGUCAAUGGCCGGAUUGUGAAUGGAGAUUUGCACGCUCAGAUGAAUUGACACGGCAUUAUCGUAAACAUACUGGCGCUAAGCCAUUUAAGUGCAUUGUUUGCGAUCGUAGUUUUGCACGGAGUGAUCAUUUAGCGUUGCACAUGAAACGACAUUUACCCAAAAAUAAGUAAAGAAAUUUUGUUUUUUGUUAAUUUUUUUUUCUUCUUUUUGUUUCUACAUUUUACAAUAAAUAUAUUCCAAUGACGCUGUAUAAGGCAUAUUAGGUUUAUGAGAUAACCAAAUAAGUUUUGAAUUUAUAUAUAGGAAUUUAGCAUUUACAAUUUCAACAAUAUGACAAAAAAAAACAAUCUCUCUGUAAAUAAAUUAUAUUGAAACGACUAUACAGCACUAUUGACAAGAUAUUUUCGUAUUAAAUCGUAAAGAAAAUGGAAAACAAUUAAACAAACUUAGCUACACCUAGCAAUUGCGACAAAACCUAAAUCUAUUUUCGCGCCUGAGACAAAUCCGUUUUAUGACUCAUUGGACAUGAGUUAUUGAGAGCAAAGAUUUUGUACUCUCUCGAUUGAUUAUGUUGCUUCGUUGAGAAAUUAUUCUAUCUUCUUGUUUCUCUUUCUAUUUAUUUAUUUAUUUAUUGUGCACAAAUAUACUAGUUUGUUAGUGGUUCCAGGUUUCAGUUUAAAAAAAUAUAUAUUUGGUUCGUCACUAAUCCGUUGCAAUAUACAAAUUAAAACUAGCAUGAUUCCUCAAAGGCAUCCGGUUAAAGAUUACAAGCCUGAAAUUUUCAAAUUUCUCAUCAAUUAUCGACAAUGAAGACAAAAAAACAUAGCUAAC